UAAAAUUAAAUAUGUUCAUCACUUUGGAGACAUUUGAUACUCAAUUUUCAGCAGAUUCUGUUGAAUGGUGUCCGAUUGAAGGUUUUCAAGAUAUUUUUAUCUGUGGCACGUAUCAAUUAUCACCUGAAAAUGAAAAAUCGGAAACCGUUAUUGACACAAAGCCUCAGAUUCGUCUUGGAAAAAUAUUUUUAUUCCAAGUUAUAAAAGUAGGAAAAUUAAAAUUGUUACAAGAACUUGAAGUUUCAGGAGUAUUAGAUAUUAAAUGGGCACACGUAAGAUGCCAAGAAAACAUUUUAUUCGGCAUCGUAAAUUCCGUAGGAUUCUUACAAAUCUACAAACUACAUACUGAUGAUGAUUUAAAAGUUGAAUUAUUAACAGAAAGAAAAGUUAGAGAAGUUGAGGGUGAAAUCUUGGCAUUAUCUUUGGACUGGGAUACUGGAAAAAGUCCAAGAGAAGGAGUAAAGGAGGAGAAAAUUUCUGUUAGUGAUUCUAAAGGAUUUGUGUCUAUUUUUCAUUUAAUUCAAGGUCAAUUAAAUUUCAUAGGAUCUCAAAAAGCUCAUGAGUUUGAAGCUUGGAUUACUGCUUUCGACUCUUGGGACUCAAAUAUCAUUUAUUCAGGUGGAGAUGAUUGUAAAUUCAAAAGAUUUGAUAUUAGAGAAGAAAUGACGUUAAUGAAAUGUAAUCAAGUUCAUGAAGCUGGAGUGACAAGUUUACAUUCUAACUCUUCUCAAGAAUUUUGUCUAGCAUCAGGAAGUUAUGAUGAAAAAUUAAGACUUUGGGAUACAAGAAACUUCCGUCGACCAGUUUCAGAAAUAACUUUAGGAGGUGGUGUAUGGCGUUUAAAGUGGGAUCCAUUCUAUAAUCCUCAUCGAUAUUUAUUAGCAGCUUGUAUGUACGGAGGAUUUCGACUUAUUGAUUGUCAAAAUCAAGAAAAUCCUAAAAUAAUUGAAGAGUAUAAUGAACAUAAAAGUAUUGCAUAUGGAUGUGAUUGGUGUUACUUUCCUAGUGAUCAAAUAAUCAAGAAACUACAAUUUGAAGAAUAUCAAAAACCAGUUCUUGUUACCACUUGUUCAUUUUACGAUCACACACUUAAAUUAUCUGUUAUUAAUUUUGAAGAAUAA